CUCCAUCUACACCCAAAUGCCAGAUCCUAGCCUCGGAUCAGGACCCAGGAUCCCCUCCCGAAAGGGCCCAAACCCGCUCUUCUUCCUCGGCAUGGUCGUCGCCAGUUCUCUCGCAUUCUUCGGCCUCGCAGAGAAGAGGCAACAGGACAACGAAGCGAAGGGUAUCAGGCCCGUCAACACUUCGUCCAGUUUGUUUAUGAGGUCGGGCAAGGAGGGGGAGAAGAUCGACAUGCCAAACCCUAGAAGAGUCGAGUAGCGGGCAUGUGAGAGACACAAUCGCUCAUGUAUCACCACCCCUUUGCAGACAUCACUCUAUAUAAUCAUCGACCCAUGCAUCUCUUCGAAUGGA